AUGAGCUUCACGAACCACCCUCUAUUGAUCAAUAUUUACGAUGCACUUCGUGGCAAGUUUGAUGCUGGAGACAAGACUCUCUUCCAGAUGCAGGUUCCGACUCAACCCUUGCAGAAAGGCGAGUUCCACUACGAUGGAAGCGAUUCAAACUUUGCACAGAUGAUUAAGCCAGUUCCCGUGACUGAAGCCGAGUUCCGUCUCACAGAUAGCAUGUUGAAACUGUCUAACAUUGUCGGCGGCCCAAAUGGAAGCAAACUCUCAGAGAAAUACGACCAGGCGAGAGAGGACAUGAGAUCUUGCGUAAACCGCAACAUAGAUGACACAAAAGAAAUUUAUCCCCUCAACCUUGUCCCCAACGACUGGGCUAAAAGUCUCUCGGUCCCUUUACAGCAAGAUAAUACUGCUAGUAUUAAGAGUCAACUGCAAGAUACCAUCCGCCAACAUAGGUUCCUCGAAGCAAGGAGGGACACUCUCAUGACCGUGGGCGACUUCAAGUCGUUGCAAAAAGCCGUGAACGAUGCAAGGGCAGCUGUUUACGCCACGGAAGCGGAAAUGGCCAAGGGCUUUACUGAUACAGUCGCCGAGUGUAUAAAGCUCUACUUUGCUCAAGUUUGUUCAAUGGCACAGGACAGUAUCGCAGCUGUAAAAGGACUGAACAAUGCGAACAAGAUGGAACUCUGUACGCUGCUCCAGAAGUACCAGGGAGGACCACUGAGCGAUGAACAGUGGAGAUUUCUGGUUGCACUCCAACUGAAACAUGUUCAAAACUUGAAUGACCUUGCUGAGGCCUCUAAAAUGCUAAAUAGGGCUCAGGUGGAGGUCUCACAGGUCAACGGUCGUGAUAAGGGCGUUGAACUUGGUGUCAUUAAUGAUCAGAUUGCGUCACUUUCUGUCGAAAUUGAGAAAUAUCAAAAUAUGCUUCGAGAAACUGGCAGUCAGAACUUUGAGAAGAUUUCUGAUGCUUUUCAAGGCAAUGCAUCAACUCCAGGUUGGGAGACCUUGACCAUUGACAGCCGAACAUUGACGCAGACCCAGUCAGGACUCAGCUGUACUUCGUCUGCGAAUCUGGCAUGGUCGACCAAUAUCUUGUCCUAUAGCGAAUCUGGUCUCACUAGCUUUGCCGCUGUCGACCAGGGAAGAACCUUGUCUACUGAAAACACCGAUGUCAAGGUUAUGCUCAGCCUAACGAAAGUUGCUACCGACAGACCAUGGUUCAACGCUCAGGUGCUCGGCAAAGGCACUGGUCUUAUAACCUCUACUGCCGCAAAACUCUCAGCAGGUAACGCCGAGGAUGUUCGCAAACUAUUCGCUAGCGGCUCGAUAAUCGAUACCACUGAGUGUCAGUUACCAGCCUGGACCACUAGCUUCCUUGUUUUCCAGGAUGUGUGCAUUACCCUGACCUCUCAUACGACCUUCCAGAGGAGCCAGGUCCAGGACAUCGACAAUUGUCUAUCAUCAGGGGGUAGCUUGCUAGUAUUUCGAGCUUGCAAGGGUGACACGAAUGGGAACCAGGGAGCUGGGUACGGUAUCAAGAGUGACGACAAGAUGAUGCAGGUCCGUAUUUCUGCACCUCAAAUUCUCGGCUGGUUCACCCAGAUCUCUCCAUAG